AUGGCUUCAUUUGAUUUCCAAUCACUGUUUACGAAUGUUCCCGGUCGGGAGGUCAUACGUAUCAUGUGUGAUCAUGUGGAGCAAAACGAACUGAAAAUCGGUAUACCAGUAUCAGUUCUGGUACGACAAUUACUACUGUGCACAACAAACGUAUCGUUCUCCUUCCUUGGUUGGGCUUACAGACAAAUUGACGGUGUCGCAAUCGAAACUCCAUUGAGCCCCAUUCUGGCACAUAUGUUUUUGGCUCAUCUUGAGGAAAAGGCGAGCAAAAUCCUCGAACGUUCACAACUUUACAAACGAUACGUUGAUCAUGUUCUAGUCAUCACAAUAAGUCUAGAAGAGACAACAUGGAUUAUGGAUAAACUCGAUCGCCUGCAUCCGAAUAUACGAUUUACGAUGGAAACAGAAAUCGAAGAUACACUGCACUUCCUCGACAUUAAAAUGACUAGGAAUAAUGAUGGAACAAUGGCCAGAUCUGUUUACCGAAAAGAAACUUGGACAGGCCAAUGCUUGCAAUUUGACAGCUUUGUGUCUGUGGAAUAUGAACGUGGUCUGGUCCGAACACAAUUUCAAACAGCACGACAUAUCUGCACAGAAGACAUGAUUGACAACGAACUACGACAGCUGAAAGAAUCUUUGACUAGAAACGCUUAUCCCGAUGCGUUUAUCGAAAAGCACAGCAAGCCUAAAUUGAUCAGACAAACGAAUUGUUCAGCAGAAAAACUACUAGUCACCCUUUGUCUUCCAUUCAUACGUGAUGACAUCAAUUGCUUGCUCAAACGACCACUUGGAUCAGCGCUUGCCCAAAACAAAUAUUAUGCACUUGACCUCAGAAUUAUUCAUCGAACGAUUGAGAUCCCCACACCCUCGGUGAAUCAACGUCCACCUCUGUACACCAAAUCGAAUCUGAUUUACCAAUUUCAGUGUAGUUGCGGAGCAACGUACGUGGGUCGAACAGAGCGCCAGUUACGUAACCGAGUGAUUGAAUAUAUUCCAAAUUGGGUACAACGUUUUGUGAUGCAAUCAGGGUCAGAUCAAAGGCAUAAUGACAACGUUCGAAACCAUAAGAUCCCGUCGUCGGCUGUCGGCCGUCGGCCGUCGGCCGUCGCUCGUCAUCUUCUGAUGACGCAACAUCCAGCUGACCGAAGCACUGCGUUUCGGGUCAUUUACGUGGCAAAGAAUACCAGGCUUUUGAGACAAAUUGACGGUGUCGCAAUCGGAACUCCAUUGAGCCCCAUUCUGGCACAUAUGUUUUUGGCUCAUCUUGAGGAAAAGGCGAGCAAAAUCCUCGAACGUUUACAACUUUACAAACGAUACGUUGAUCAUGUUCUAGUCAUCACAAUAAGUCUAGAAGAGACAACAUGGAUUAUGGAUAAACUCGAUCGCCUGCAUCCGAAUAUACGAUUUACGAUGGAAACAGAAAUCGAAGAUACACUGCACUUCCUCGACAUUAAAAUGACUAGGAAUAAUGAUGGAACAAUGGCCAGAUCUGUUUACCGAAAAGAAACCUGGACAGGCCAAUGCUUGCAAUUUGACAGCUUUGUGUCUGUGGAAUAUGAACGUGGUCUGGUCCGAACACAAUUUCAAACAGCACGACAUAUCUGCACAGAAGACAUGAUUGACAACGAACUACGACAGCUGAAAGAAUCUUUGACUAGAAACGCUUAUCCCGAUGCGUUUAUCGAAAAGCACAGCAAGCCUAAAUUGAUCAGACAAACGAAUUGUUCAGCAGAAAAACUACUAGUCACCCUUUGUCUUCCAUUCAUACGUGAUGACAUCAAUUGCUUGCUCAAACGACCACUUGGAUCAGCGCUUGCCCAAAACAAAUAUUAUGCACCUGACCUCAGAAUUAUUCAUCGAACGAUUGAGAUCCCCACACCCUCGGUGAAACAACGUCCACCUCUGUACACCAAAUCGAAUUUGAUUUACCAAUUUCAGUGUAGUUGCGGAGCAACGUACGUGGGUCGAACAGAGCGCCAGUUACGUAACCGAGUGAUUGAAUAUAUUCCAAAUUGGGUACAACGUUUUGUGAUGCAAUCAGGGUCAGAUCAAAGGCAUAAUGACAACGUUCGAAACCAUAAGAUCCCGUCGUCGGCUGUCGGCCGUCGGCCGUCGGCCGUCGCUCGUCAUCUUCUGAUGACGCAACAUCCAGCUGACCGAAGCACUGCGUUUCGGGUCAUUUACGUGGCAAAGAAUACCAGGCUUUUGAGACAAAUUGACGGUGUCGCAAUCGGAACUCCAUUGAGCCCCAUUCUGGCACAUAUGUUUUUGGCUCAUCUUGAGGAAAAGGCGAGCAAAAUCCUCGAACGUUCACAACUUUACAAACGAUACGUUGAUCAUGUUCUAGUCAUCACAAUAAGUCUAGAAGAGACAACAUGGAUUAUGGAUAAACUCGAUCGCCUGCAUCCGAAUAUACGAUUUACGAUGGAAACAGAAAUCGAAGAUACACUGCACUUCCUCGACAUUAAAAUGACUAGGAAUAAUGAUGGAACAAUGGCCAGAUCUGUUUACCGAAAAGAAACUUGGACAGGCCAAUGCUUGCAAUUUGACAGCUUUGUGUCUGUGGAAUAUGAACGUGGUCUGGUCCGAACACUAUUUCAAACAGCACGACAUAUCUGCACAUAA